AUGAGUUCCGCAGGCAGCCGGGCACAGGCCGAAAGGGCAAAGGGCAGGUCGGCGUGCGAGCUACAGGGCGUAUCGGAGCACAUCAUCGUGGAGAACCAGCGCGGUAUCACGCUAUUCGGGUACCCGUUCUUCUCGAACAAGCUACUUAUCCCCAAGGUGGACCCGCCGCAGUUCCACACGGAAAAGGAACAGCAGCCCAUAUCGACGACGACGUCGAACUACUACGGCAACACAAACAACAAGCUCUUGCUUCCUUUGCACUUCCGCUACACGGGCACGCUCGGGGCAGAGGGCACCGGGCGGCUACGCGGGCGCCCAGCCAGCGGCGGCAGCGACGACGAGUUUGCGUGGUUUGUGUCGAUGGACUACCGUGGCCAGUACGACAUCGACGACCAGGGCUGGUGCUACAGCUGGUCGUUUCGCAGUAAGUACUGGAAGGGCAAGAGCGGGUUUGUGCGCAAGCGCUUCUGGGUGCGGCUCCCGACACGCAGCGAGCACCUCGGGCAGACGUCCGGCCCGGGCGCGCGCGCCGGCAGCCGCGGCGCGCGCUCCGCAAUGCAUCGCACGGGCUCCGCCGGCCGCGCAGGGUGGGCAGCUGCGCGCCAUACAGAGCCACAGAGCCCCAUCGCUGAGGAGGACGACGAGAAGCGUGACGAGGACCGCGCCGACACCGCGUGCAUGCUUGGCUCCUAUACGCGGCAGGAGUUCAGCGCGUUGUACGAGGGCGGCAACGGCCGCUUUGCAGAGGAGCUAGCGCAGCUCGUGCGAAAGAUUGACAAGCUUCCUUUGGAUCGCCAGAAGUUCGAGGCGCUCGAGGAAUUCGUGCAAGGCAUGACCCCGACACAACACCGCGACAUGUGCCGCAUCGUACGCGACCCCAACUCCGGCUUCACUGGCAAGAUCCUUUCAAGUUUCCAGUUCGACGUCUCGCGGCGCAAGUUUUUGGAGCGCUGGAUACAUGGGCUUCUCAUGGAUACGGGGCAGACAGAGAGCCAAACCACGACCCAGAAGAUGGGCCGCACACCCGCCAACCAGAGGCAAAGAGGCAGCACGCAACAGUAG